CGCGCGCGUAUUAGAAAAAUAAUAGAGAUUUUCAGUAUUAUAAGUAUAAAGUUAUUUAAAAUGAAUUUUUAAAAAAAUUUAUCUAAAAAAAAUAAAAAUUUAAUUAUUUGCAACUUUUGAAAAUCGCUAGAUAAUUUUAAACUGUUUUUUAUUUGAAAAUCGUGAGCGCAUGCUAGCGCUAAUUGUAGUGGCUAAAUUUGAAUUUGAAUUUAAGCUUCAAACACGAACAGUUGUCUUAAAACACUGUAAGCUGUACACACUAACGGUUAACAACUGUCGAAAUGGCGAAAUUUUGUAAAUGUAAAAAAAAUUAAAUAAAAUUUUACAUUUGAAAAUCGGUUGGCACGUUGUAAGCGCAGGCAAUUUAAAAAUAUAAAAAAAAAAUCCCACUCGUGUGUGAUGUCCUUUGGUCGUUUUAAAACAACGCCGCAAAUGUACAGUAAUGCGCGCAUCUUGAAGUUGGCCUUGCGCACCAUCUUCGGCAUUAUAUUCUUUCUGGUGCUCAUCUCGUUGGUGUUAUUCAUGCGCAACAACGAACAAACGUCAAACGCACUCCGUCUGGCGAAAUUACCAUCGCCGGAAGGCAAUGUCGUGCUCUUCUGGAAUGGCUUCUUCGAGGACACACGCUGGACCUUGCCCGUCGACACGUUGCAUGCGCAGUGCGCACAGGUUAACUGCAUUUUCACCAAUCAACGUGACUUUUUGCCCGCCAUCAGCGAUUAUGCGGCAAUUGUUUUUCACACAGCACGCACAUUUCCGUUAUUUAACGGCACACCACGUCAGCGUGCCAGCAAUCAAUUAUAUGUGUUCGCACAAUUGGAAUCUCCCGAGCACACCUGGCAUAAUUUGAAUGCCGAAAGGAAUUUCUAUAAUCUCACGAUGAGUUAUCGCCUCGAUUCGGACAUUGUGUGGAGUUACAAUGUGGUAAAGAUGAUUUCAUCGCGGCAAAUUGUUGCGCCCACACGGGAUCCCAUAUGGCCGUCGGUGGAUGUGAGUUGGACACAAAGUGAUGCUGAUUUGUUUUUGUCAAUUGAGCGGAAGCGUAAAAUGGCCGCUUGGUUUGUGUCCAAUUGUAAGGUGCCGUCGAAGCGGGAGGCGUUGGUGAAGGCGCUGCAAGCGCACAUACAGGUGGAUGUGUAUGGCAAAUGUGGCACCAUGAGAUGUGAACGCUUCAAUAGCAGUUGUGAUGAGAUGCUCGACAAGGAUUACAAAUUCUAUUUCAGUUUUGAAAAUUCACUUUGCACCGAUUAUGUGACGGAGAAGUUUUACAAUGCUUUGCAGCGGCACAUUGUGCCUGUGGUGUAUGGUGGCGCAAAUUAUACGCGUUUUGCACCGCCACACUCAUACAUUGACGUGCAGGACUUCAAAAACGUCUCAUCCCUGGCAGCUUAUCUUAACUACUUGAAUGCGAAUCCCUUAGAGUAUGCCAAGUAUUUUUGGUGGCGACGCUAUUACAUGGUCAACGCUUACGAUGGUGGCGUUGAAACGCUGCCUUAUUGUGAGCUAUGUCAGCGCAUACACACACAUCCAUCUGUUAGACGUACACAAACCUAUGAAGAUAUAAAUGGUUUUUGGACCCAUAACGUAUGCAAGAAAGAGGCUCGAAUAGAUUUUUAAGCUCAAAUCAAUUUACAAUUUAUUGUUUUGUAAUUUAUGUUUUACUUACUUAAGUAGUUUAUUUAAUUUAUUUGAAAAGGAAAUGGCGGUUAUGUUCAUAAAUAAAAGGGACCACCAAAAGCCCGACGAA